AUGGCGUUUGGCAUCCUCGAGCCCAGCUCGGGGGGAAAAGUUCCAGGCACAACCCAUUUCUACGAUGACCCUUCGCAGCCCCAGACGGCGACGGAGCAGGACACCAUCAGGCUCAAGUGCGACACCAGCGGCAAGACGCCCAUCAUCCUCGUCCCCCAGCCUUCGGACGACCCCAAUGAUCCGCUCAACUGGCCUCUAUGGAAGCGCGAUCUCACCACCUUCACCCUCUGCUGGGCCGGCGUCCUCGCCACGGCCCUCGGCCCCAUCCUGGCCGCAAACACCGUCACGCUCUCCCGUCUCCUCACAAAGACCUUUACCAAAGUCGCCCUCCUGACGGGCUACUUUCUUCUCGGUGCCGGCGCUGCUGCCAUCUUCUUCGUCCCCUCUGCCCGCGUCUGGGGCAAGCGCCAUCUCUUCCUGCUGGGAAUCCUCAUCAUCAUCGCCUCGAGUGCCUGGGCCGGGUCCACGGGGACAAACUACGGCAGCUUGCUCGGCGCUCGAGUCCUUCAGGGCGUCGGCACCGCUCCCUAUGAAAGCCUGCUCAAUGCCGCCGUUGGCGACAUGUACUUUGUCCACCAGCGAGGAGUGCGCAUGGCCUUUACCAACUUGGCAAUCUUUGGAGGCGCCUUCUUCACCCCCAUCUUGGUCGGGAAGAUUACGGCAUCGUUGGGCUGGAAGUGGAGCUUCUACUUUGUCUCCAUCUUCAUGGCCGCCACGCUUCCUGCAGUCUUCCUGCUCUGCCCUGAGACCGCGUAUCGCAGAGACACCAAGCUUAACACGGACACCAACGCAGAGGGCGAGGAGGAGAUCAAGCUCCAGUCGCGUGUCGCGACAAUCAGCAAUCCGCCGUCGGAUGAGGAAGAACCACCAAAGCAACGUACGGGCUUCGUCCUCUUCCCCACCUCGAGAGCGCUCCAGCCCAUUGGAAAUGCUAGGACUCCCAAGAAGUCAUUCGUCGAGUCUCUGUCCCUGUUUGAUGGCGCCAAGACGGAUGAACGCUACUGGGUCCUGCUUCUCCGGCCAUUCCCCCUCAUCCUCAACCCUGCCUUCGUCUGGGGCUGCCUCAUCCAGGGAACCAUGAUUGGGUGGACCGUCUUCAUCGGCGUUCUCGUCGCCGCCAUCUUCAUCGGACCGCCCUACUUCUGGGGCGAGGUGCCGGCCGGCUACGCCUACACGGGAGCCUUUGUCGGCGCCCUCUGCGGCUUUGCCAUCUCGGGUCUCCUCGCCGACUCCAGCGUCAAGUAUCUCACCAGGAAGAACCACGGCGUCUAUGAGCCCGAGUUUCGAAUCCUGCUGGUCAUUCCUAUGCUCAUCAUUGGCGGCAUUGGCUUGUUUGGAUUCGCCUUGACGGCCGGCAACGUCAUUUCCGGCGAGUUUAGCUACAUUGUGCCGCUCGUCUUCUUCGGCUUCGAGGUCGCAGGCAUGGUGAUUGGCGCUGUGGCAAGCUCCUUGUACAUUGUCGAUGCUUAUAGAGAUCUUACCAUCGAAGGCUUCACCCUCAUGAUCAUCUUCAAAAACAUCUUUAGCUUCAUCCUGACGUUUUUCGCCUAUGACUGGCUCAUCAAGGGCGGCAUCAAGCACACCUUGAUUGCCAUUUCCAUUGUCCAGGUCGUCGUAUGCCUCGUCAGUAUCCCCAUGUACGUGUUUGGUAAGCGCUGCCGAGCGUUUUACCACCGCCAUGAUUUGCUGGCCUUGACUGGCUUGCAAUGA